AUGACGGUCCUCCCCUCACAUUACUCUGAACGCUAUAUCAAUCAACGAUACAACAAGGCACUGCAAAUUGUCCAACAUCUCCCAGCCACGUCAACCUUUCAACCGACAAGAGAAGAGAAGCUUCAGCUCUAUGCGUAUUACAAGCAAGUGACACACGGGGAUAUCGAUACUGCACGACCCGGAAUAUUUGACAUGGUUGGCAGAGCUAAAUGGGAUGCAUGGAAAAAGUUGGAAGGAAUGGAACGAUUGGAGGCGAAGCAUCGAUAUACCGAGACGUUGUUACGAUCAGCUACCGAAGCAUACAAGCGCAAUUCUGGGAGAGAAACAGCUGAGCAAAUCAUUCAUGCUUUUGCUUUGAUGCGACAACGACCUGUGGGGGAUGAGGAUGAUGAGGAAACAACGACGACUACAACAACGGAUGAUGAUAACAUGAUGAUCCAAGAAGAUGAAUCAUCCAGUGUGGAUGAGGAAGAACGUGCUUAUCUUCGACAAGUACAAGCAUUCUCUUUACCAGAAGCACCUCCUCGACCACGCCGACCGAUAUCUCGCCAACAACAACAACAACAAAGACGAUCUUGGUAUUAUACCCCUUCCAAUUCAUCCACACCAACACCCGAUAAGCUGCGUAGCACACCCGAUGUGCCUCUUGAUACCAAUCCAUGGGCACCACCUAUUCCUCCUGUUGGAUCCUCUUUAUCACAACGCAUGGCCAAUGAUUCUAGUAGCAGUGAUGAUGACGAUGAUGAUCAAGUUACCUCCUCUUCACGACACAGUCGACCAAGAAGUCGUGCCCUAUCUCCACGUCAACAACAACAACGUGCAUCUUUGAUGGGUCGUUUACCAGCAUUUCAAGGCUCUCCCGCUUAUAGCACAUCCUCCUCAGCUACUGCCACUGCACGAAACACACAACAAUUACGAACGACGAGUAAUCGAGCUACCCCUGAAUUAUCGGUCAUAUCAUUGGGUCCUGUCACAAAACGAGCUCUGGAAUCAUUGCAAGCUGAAGUCAUUGCCUUGAAUGGACGCAUCGAUGAUCUUCGAAAAGAAUUGGCUGAUAGAGACCAACAAAGACGAGCUUCAGCAGCACCUACCCCCUUACCAUUAUCAGCACAGCAACAACCACCAGCACGAUCCACUUCUCAGUUACCACGUCGCGAUGGAGAUGAUGAGGAUGAUGAAGAUGAUAGUUGGAAAUGGGUUAUCAAGGACGCCGUCAAACAUGCAUCAGUAAAUAUCUUGACGGUGACCCUCUUUUUCUUGAUUCUGUACAAACGAGGAAGUCCAAUAGCCUAUGUCGUCAGUGAGCAGUUUACAAGGCUUUGGCAAGUUUUCAAGCAAAAGGCGCUCUCCCGUAUUAUUGUGUAG